CCACAUCGGUAUGGCGCGUAUGAUGGUGCACCUCUCUCCGUAACCCAAUGACCCGUGACGGAGCAAAUCCGACUGAACGUGGGGUCGUGUCGCGCUCGCAGCACAGCUUUUUAUACAUGAAGCAACAAACUACGACGACAGCGUUGAGUUGCUAAGCGGGAAGCCACUGGACGCCACGGUCUUGCAAAGCAGGCGAUGGCAAUGAAGCAAGCUUAGGCGCGAACAUAAGAUGCCUGGAUCUGGUUAAAGCAGCGAAGAGAGUGCUACUUAACAUUGUUGUAGGGAUAGGUCCUAGGCGCAAUGGGCAAGGGCCGGGCGAAGAGAGGGCGGAAGGCAACAACCCGACAGUCGCCAAGCAGGCCCCCACGGCCGUGCCCACGGCUCCUCCAGGCGAAGGCAGCAGCCCGCGCCUUGGCCCGCUCGCGUCAGCGGCCGCGCAGCAACAGCCCCCCGGAGCUCCUGCCCAGCAGUCCCCUGCAGCAUCUGCGGGCUGGUUGGCGGGAUGGGCCGCUGCAGAAGGACGUGCUGAUCGCAUGGGACAUUGAGAACGCCAAGCCCCCUGCCAGAGUGCAGCUGGUGGAGGCGGAGGAGGCCAUCUCCAGCGCUUUCGCCUACCUGCCUCGCCGCAAGCGCCACGGCUUCCUGGCCGCGCUCAGCCUGACCGCCCUUGGGAACAUGAGCCAGGGCUACCGGGAGCAGCAGCUGGCAGCGCUGUGCGCCCGCAUCACGGUGAUGCUCGCGGCCGGCGGCACCAAGAGCACCUCCGCUGAUGCCAAGCUGCUGCAGCACAUAGAUGCCUUCAUCGAGCAGCAGUGCGUCACCGGCCGCGCCGCCCGCAGUGUGCUGGUGCUGAUCACUGGCGAUGACGACUUCACCCCACGUGUAAGGCGGGCCCUGGACGCCGGCAUGGACUUGGAGCUGCUGCACCCGGGCGAACACACUAGCCCCAACUUGCUGGAGGCCAUCCGUGGCUGCCCCAAUGUGUGGCACGCUGACUGGACAGACUUCGUUCGCCACUGGUUGGGCCUUCAGCCGCGGCCGGCAGCUGAUGGCGGCCGCGACCGCAUGGACGUCGGCGGCGGCGACGAUCAGCGCAGGCAGGGAGCAGCUGCAGUCGCUGGAGAGGAGGGGGAGCAACCAGACGAGCUGGAAGAGGAGGGACAGGAGGUCGAGCAAGACGAGGAAGAGAAGGCCGGGGCGGAGGAAGAUGAGGAGGCGGAAGAUGAGGAGUGGGCCGAGGAGGAGGGGCCGGACAAGGACGGGCCGGACGCUACUGGCCACCAUGAGAUGCAGCAGCGGCUGCUGCUGUCGACAGCAGAUGAAGCCGCAGCCGGCGCAGCGGCAGCCGCGGCAGCCGGCAGCGCGGUGGUGGCAGUCGGGGAGCUGUCUACCCGGGCGCUACGAGCCCUGCUGCAGCGGCAGGGCUUCACAGAACUGGCCGCGAUCCCUGCCGGUACCGUUCGCAGCUGCACCAAGAACCGGUGGCGGAAGCUGCGUAAGCGCAUGCUGCGGGCUGCGGCCAGCGCGCUCCUCACAGUGGAGGCGGCACUGGGGCUGCCGCGCUCGCAACUACCGGGUUCUGGUGACAUCGUCGUCGUGACUCCUGAUGGCAUGGAGGACGAUGACGACGGCGCCCAGCCCCACGUGCAGCGGCUGGUGCCCCCCCAUGACGUGGAGGACGAUAACGACGGCGCCCAGCAGCGGCAGCAGCCCCACCUGCAGCGGCUGGUGCCCCGCUACCCGGUGUACGAGGUUGCGGCGGUUGAGGGCCUGCUGCGGACCAGCCUGCCGGCGCGGGACCUGGCGUGCUUGCUGAGCAUUAACGCGGAGCGCAUCCAACAGCGGCGGGACGACGGCUGCGGGAGCUGUGGAGGCAGCGGAGGCAGCGGAGGCGGUGGCGGCUGCAGAGAUGGCGGCGAAAGCUGCGAAAGGUGCGGCGGAGGCGACGAGGUGCAGCGGCUGGCAGAGGUGCUGUGGGUGGAGCACUGCAGCAGGGGGGUCCGCCCGCCCUGCGGCGGUGUGGCGGUGAGGGCGGCAGCGGGGUUUGGCAAGAAGCGCAAGGCCGAGACCCAGCAGCCGCACGGCACCAGUGGCAGACGCACGGUGAAGGCGCGGCAGCGGCGUGAAGCGGACUGCGAAGGGCCAGCGACGGCGACGGCGACGGCGGGAGGCGAUAGCAGUGCUUGUGAUGCUGCCACGGGCACCAGGGGUCACCAGCGGCUGCAGGUGGAGGAGGAGGGGAUGGAGGGGGCCCGGCAGCGGGGACGGCGGCUGCUGAGCGCCCAGGCGCAGCAGGUAGCGAAGCAGCGCCGACCUAAACCCGCACGCGCCACGCUGCUACUGUCCAGCCUUGAUGUGGUGAGGCAGGCGGCCGACAAGGCUGAGGCGCUGGGGGCGGUGCGGCGGUGGCUGGUGGAGCAGAAGCGCACCCGCAGCGCCCUGUACUCCAGCCUUCAAAAGAAGGCGCUUGAUCUUGGCUGUGCAUUCAAGGUGGAGGCACGGUCUGCCACCGGUCAUCGGACCCGUGUCAUGCUCACGUGUUUGGACGGCGGCGCGCCCCGCCCCGCAGCAGAGCGGGCCGCACAGCUCGCUGCCAACCAGCUCCGCGCAAUGCUGGACCAGGCGCUAGCAGCCUCGGGUGGCGUUGAGGUUAGAGCCAAGGGUGGCAAUGCGCUUGCGGUCAGGGGCGCCGGCGGUAAAACCCGCCGGCGGGGCAAUGGGCGAAUCGCAGCAGCCGGCAGCAGCGGCACCAGGCGCUUGCGCGCCAGCGGCGCGGCCCGCCGCGCUGCGCGCCGCAUGCGCAGCAGGUCAGCGGCAGCCCGUAAGGCCGCGGUCAAAGUAUGCGUUAAUGGCAGGAUUUAUGAGUUGUUAGCUCUGUAAAGGGACGUGGGGCUUGCGGGUACCGCUUCGCGUGAGGCGUGGGUUCACAGCACGGCGACUCGAUGACGAGCAUGAUGGGCAGUGGAUUGGGGACUGAUGCCUUUGGUGAUGAUACUGGAUGUUUUACUUCUGAUUGAAAUGACAAGGACCCGCAAGUGCAGGGUACUGGUGAGGGACGGGACCCAACAUGCACACCAGGUUGCGUCGCAGGGGCGUGCAAGGGGGCUGAACAAGGAAGUGACUGGUUCAGAGCGGGUGAGGUGACCAAGUUCACAGGCUGGAUACAUGGUUGGAUGCGUGGUUUGGGGACUUGCACGUUGGGUUACUUCGGCCUGCUGCGUGUCGGGGCGAUCGUGCAUGACGCAGACAACCGGCCUUUGGGCUCUUAGGCCU